AUGGAGAAUUAUGACGAAGAGCUGUAUGACAACGUCUUUUACAAAACGCUUCAGCAACAACAUUCCAAUCUCUUAGAAAUUGUGUCAGAGUCCAGUUGGAUGGUGCUGAUCCCCUGCCAGCCCUCCUUGGACUCCAUGAUGUGGACAUCACCAGAUUGCAUCAGUCAGGACGAUGUUGAGUCUCAUGUUGUCAGAGCUCAGGAAGACGAGCCAUCCGAAUUUUAUACUUUCAAUAAAAAAGAGCUGACCAUCAAGUCAGGCCAUGUAACCACUGGCAAGGGCUUUGAGGCAGCCAAACAAUUGAAAAGGACCAAGAAAUCAGUAGACAGCAAGCCAAUGUUUAUGACAUUUGAAGAUAGCUGCCAAUUAUUGUGGGGAUUUCCCAAUGGCUCCAAGGUUAAAACAUUCUUACAGAAUGCAGUAGACCAGCUGAUUAAGACAUUACAAGAUUACAACAACACCAUCUGCAACUACUACCACAAUAACAGCAGCUGCAACAACAACAAUCUAAAUAGUAACAACAACAAUAAUAAUAAUAAUAACAACAACAAUAAUGAUAAUAAUAACAAUGGAAGUUAUAGCUACAAUGUCGAUUCCAUUUACGAAGUUUCAGACCCAUAUAUUAAUGACCUUAUAAAGAAGGUCCAGUACAUGUACGAUGCGAUGAUGAGGUACCUGACGAAAGUCUUUCAAGCCACGUACAUGAUGCAUAGAAUCAACAGAGUCCUGAUGAGAAUAGUCUCCACGACAACCAGAGGCAAAGAUCGUACAUUGAACAAGAUAACAAGAAAUCUUACCAAAAAAAUUGAACUAAGACAUCUGGGUAUUAGCUCUUUCAAUAGGUUCAGCUUGGAUCGUGCUCGCAACUUGCUGUCAAGUUUUUGUCGCCUGCCCUCACCGCCCUCCAAGAUAUACCAGCUGAAGAAGGUCUUCUACUCACUUAUGUACUCAACCCCGUCCUCUACGGAGGCCACCAUGAUUCAGACAGCGGCCGAUACAACAGCAGCAGAAGCUGUGACGUCAUCAUCGACAACGACAGCAACCGUAACGACAGAUGACCUGAUUUGCAUCCUGUCCUACCUCAUCGUCCAAUCAAAUGUGUCGUGCUGGUGGGCCCACUUGACCUUUAUCAGAAAGUUCUGCCUCUCAGAGGUCAAGGCACCAAUUUUUGACCACACCGACAAACACGUGACUGAGAACAACACUGCAUUCAUCCAAGAGUUCUUCAAAAGCGUCAUAGCCAACGACGUGGCUGCUCUGAAGUUUAUGGAACUGAAACUCGAAACUGAGAUGGCGAAUAACGCCAGGAAAACCCUGCAACCUGAAACUGAAGAUGGGAUGAUCUCCGAGAGGCUAACGUUGGAUCAGAAGUGCCAUCCUCUUUGUUCGUGUUCGCGCUGUUCACUCAUCGACGAACAGGUGAACAAGUGGAACGAUGAACAUGACAGUUGUGAAACUUCCGUCAAGAAGGCAGCUCACGUGUUUAACAGCGCUGGAUAUAAUGCCCUGCACAUCGCCAGUUUCCUUGGUUACCACGACGCUGUUGACUGGUUGCUUAGCAACGGAUCCAACAUUGACGAGCUGACGUACGAUGGUUAUACGUCACUUCAUCUGGCAGCUAUGAGAGGGUUCCAAGUUGUAGUGGUGUUGUUGUUGAGCCAUGGUGCUGAUGUGACGAUCGUUGAUAGGAACAACAACACAGCUCUCCACUUGGCUGCUCUCAACGGCCAUUUUGAGUGUAUUAAGGCUCUGAUAUUUGUCGACCAAUCGGUUAAGAGGUUAAAUUUAAAUGCAACCAAUGAGCAUUCAGCAACAGCUUUACAUCUGGCCGCUAAAUGGGGUUAUGGUGAGUAG